GCUUUUUGCAUCCGGCCGGAUCUGAGAACCAGCCAGUCCGGGGGGAGAGAAUUGGAGUAAAACUUAUUCAAAUGAAAUUCCUACACAUCCGAAUCGACCUAGAGAUAAAGUUCCUGGUGGGUAUCCAGGAUCUUGGCCAUGACUGCUCCAUAGGGUGGUAUUUCCAAACCGGCUGGUGACCUACAGUACACCGGCCAGAUCGAGGUACUUCCCAAUGUAUGGGACCGGCCGCAUCUUGUCAAGUACCUCCGACUCCCAGCCUUUCCUGAUCGAGCCGAUCAUGACUCUUUCCUUUUCUUGACCGUUCAUCACCCUUUUCUCUUCUCUUCUUUUCUUCUCUUCUCUUCUUCUUCAUCUUUAUCUCCUCGUCUCCCCUGCCUCUCUUCCUCUUCUUCCUUUCUCUUCUUGUCUGACCUUCUUCUCUCUCCCCAUCCUCUAUACUUGCUUCUCCCUCCUCUUUCUAUCCCACCUGAUAUCCUCUCUCUCUCCCUCUCUCUCUAUCUCUCUCUCUCUCUAGAUCAUCUUCCCCAUCCUAGAUCUCACUGUCGUUCUCUUCCCUCUCUUCCCGGAGGUAUAGAAACUUUAGACUCUCUUCUCCUUCCCUGUCUCGCUUGGGGACCGAUCCUAUCUUCCCGUUUACCACUUUGAUCUCAUAGUACUCCUCCUCUGCUGGCGCAUCGCGUCACCAUGGACCCCCCCAAGGAGAAACCGGUGCCCUCGGAUGAAAAGCCCCAUGAGUCCGAAGCCUCUUCCUCCACCCAGGGCGAUGUCAUCGCCGAGGCCCCCGCCGAAAAGGCGGCCGAUCCCACCCUUCCCAAGUCGCAGUCGGACGACCCGGUCACCGGAACCAUGGACCAGGUGGAAGAGACCUUCACCGACAAGGUCGAGCUGACCGAAAAUGAUUGCUACCACGAACUGGGCUAUUCCUUCCCCCGCUGGCGGAAGUGGAUGAUCAUCACCGUCAUCUUCCUCGUCCAGACCUCCAUGAACUUCAACACCAGCCUGUACUCCAAUGCCUUGACGGGCAUCUCCGCCGAGUUCAACGUGAGCAUGCAGGCCGCUCGCUGCGGCGCCAUGAUCUUCCUAGUCCUGUAUGCCUUCGGCUGCGAGCUGUGGGCGCCUUGGAGCGAGGAACUGGGCCGGAAGCCCAUCCUGCAGGCCAGUCUCUUCCUCGUCAACAUCUGGCAGCUACCCGUCGCCAUCGCACCCAACUUCGCCUCCAUUAUGGUGGGUCGUGCCCUGGGCGGCCUCAGCUCCGCCGGGGGUUCCGUCACCCUGGGUAUGAUUGCCGACCUGUGGGAGGCCGAGGACCAGCAGUAUGCCGUCGCCUGCGUGGUCUUCUCCUCCGUAGGGGGCUCCGUCAUCGGCCCCGUGGUCGGUGGCUUUGUCGAGGCCAACCUGGCGUGGCGGUGGAACAUCUGGAUCCAGCUGAUCUUCGGCGGGUUCGUCCAGCUGGCCCAUCUCAUCCUCGUGCCGGAGACCCGCACCACCAUCCUGAUGGAUCGCAUCGCCAAGAAACGAAGACAGAGUGGCGAGGAUCCCAAUGUCUACGGGCCCAACGAGAUCCUGCCGUACCGCGAGCGCUUCUCCAUGCGGGAAAUCCUCCUGACCUGGAUCCGCCCCUUCAAGAUGUUCCUCACGGAGCCCAUUGUCUUGACCCUGUCCUUGCUCAGCGGCUUCAGCGAUGCUCUGAUCUUCAUGUUCAUCCAGUCGUUUGGCUUGGUCUACAAGCAAUGGGACUUCGGCACGGAGGCGCUCGGCCUGUCCUUCAUCCCCAUCCUCGUCGGUUACUUCAUCGCCUGGGGUGCGUUCAUUCCCGCCAUCAAGCGAAAUAUCCGGGAACGGCAGUUGCACCCGGAUGAUGAGCACACCCAGUACGAAUCCCGUUUGUGGUUCUUGCUGUGGACCGCGCCCUGCCUGCCGAUCGGACUGAUUGGCUUUGCCUGGACCAGCCUCGGGCCCCCGGUCCACUGGAUUGGCACCAUGGUAUUUUCCGCCAUCGUGGGCAUUGCCAACUACAGCAUCUACAUGGCCACCAUCGAUUACAUGGUCUGCGCGUAUGGGCCAUACUCUGCGUCGGCCACCGGCGGCAACGGAUGGGCCCGAGACUUCCUGGCCGGUGUUCUCACCAUCCCCGCAACGCCUUUCUUUGAGAAUAUCGGCGGCAAGUAUCAUCUGGAGUAUGCUUCCACGAUCCUCUUUUGCAUCUCCUUCCUCCUGGUCAUUGCGGUGUACAUCAUCUACUGGAAAGGACCGGCCAUGCGCAAACGCUCGCCGUUUGCGCAGCAGCUAUCGCACGCACGGGCCGAGAUCCAGGUGGACGGACGGCGGCUGUCGAAGAUCCCCUCGGGCUCGCGGGCGAAUUCCUUUGCCCGGUCGCAACAGAACCUGCGGAUCCGACAGAGCAGCUAUAUCCACUCGCGCCCAACCUCCCAGGUCAACUCGCGGGUCAACUCCCGGGUCAAUUCGCGUCGGAACAGUUUUUCGCAGCAGGUCAUCACGCAAUGAAUCUUGUGACUCGUCGCAAGACGACACGUGCUAGCCACGACUCAUGAAAUUCCGAUACCCUAAUUCGCCGUCGAGUUUUCGCAUCCGUAGGGCCGAAUCCGCGUGGUGCUCCGUGUUGGGCCGCCAGCUAUCGUCUGGCAUGUGCUUUUGUUUCUUUGCUUUUUCCUUAUGGCGUCUGGAAUGCGAAGCUGGCGGGAUGGACUGGCGGGAUGGACUGCGCUCUUCGUCUCAUCUCAGAUGGCCGGGCCAGCGGGGGCCGGUCGCUGGCAUUUGGACGCGACCAUUGUUUCAAUUCAAACUAUACACAUUUCUUCUGUACUUUGUUUCUUUCUCCCUGUGGUGCUUGUGUGGUGUAGUGUGGUUUUACAUCCCGUGUAGGAGCGAGACUUUGCUGGUCUGAUUGACCGUGGAGAUAAAUUCAAGUUUGGAUCCUGUAUUAUGUCACCGAAUAGAUUGAUCGAGACUA